CACUGAGGAACUUUUUCUAAACCAGCACAGACAUGGUGCAACUCGGGUGUACUUAACAAUAUAAAGGGCAGAAUAAUGUACCCACAUCUUUCAAAACUGCUGACAAUAUGCCAUAGGAACGUUUUUAGAACAAGGCAUGCAUGGUGCCACUUUAAUAAGAGUUAAUUAAUCACCUAAUCGGUUGUAUUUUAUACAAAAGGGUUGGAUAAUUUAAACACAUCUGUCAAAACUGCUGACAAAAACACCGCGUGCAACUUUCGCAGGUUGUACGGUUGUUUGUCACAGAGGGCGCUCUACCGACCGUUAUUUAUGAACUGUGAGUCGAUGCACGCGCACCCGUUGCAACAUGCCAUCAUGCAACACACACACACGGCCCUGCCUCGCGGCGUUGUCAAUAGCAUUACAGCCGCACCACCCAACACAGUGCGUUUACGUGUGACUACCCCGCACUGACACUGACAACAUUUGGCAGUGCAUCACGCUGUGAUCAUGAACUUUGCCUGCUGGCGCUCUUUUUUUUUUAUCGAGCGACCUAAAUACAACUGAGGAUAUGAACUGCCUGCUUGUUAAUAAUCUACAUCUGUGCGAGAUAACACUCCCAAGCUCAGAGUGCCUCCUGUGUUUCUAUUUUUCAACCCACACAUUGCUGUGAUUUGUAAAGCGACUAGACGACUAUACAUCGCACCUGGAUUUCCUUCUGGUGAUAUUUUUGUAUGCAGAAAAUCAAGUUCUAAGCUAUACGGAGUUUGCAUAGACGAAACUGAUACCAAACUAGACUGGAGACCAGACUACCCCAACGCACUACCAACGUCAUGGCCGAGUCGGAGGAGACAUUUGGAAACCGGGUUGCCGAGACAGUAACGCAGGGGUUCCUCUGCCUGGCUUUGUCGGUUGGGCACAAGACCGGUUUGUUUGAUACAAUGGCUGGCUUCGAUGACCCAAAGAGUGCCAAAGAAAUCGCGGAUGCUGCCGGGCUGAAAGAACGAUACGUCCGCGAGUGGUUAGGUGCAAUGGUUUCCGGCUCCAUCGUGGAAGUAGACGACGACACCAGCCAACUAUUUCUCCUUCCGCCACAUCGAAGGGCAGCGGUAACCAGGCUCGGUGAUAUAGUAGACUGGUCAAUGGUCGCUCAAGGGUUACCUCUCGUCUCUGGCGUCUAUGAGAAGGUUGCACAGUGCAUGGCGCUACCAGGCCCAAGCGGGUUAUCAAGCUCAGAGUACAGUUCAGGGUACCAUCGAUGGAGGGACCAGUGUUAUGAUACCUUCGUGCAGACGUCAUUGCUAGAAGCUGUCAUACCAUCAAUACCAGGCCUUGAAAACGUACUUGAGCAAGGAACAGACGUUGUGGAAAUAACCAGCAACACUGGCUCUGCAAUACGUAAACUCGCCAGGGCUUUCCCUGAUAGUCGGUGCGUACUCACGAGCAGCCCACGCACAACAAAAGACGGUAAACAAUGCGAUCCAUCCAUCAAUACCGGCUCCCCUUACAGACAAUUCAACCUCAAGUACGAGACCCAAGACCCGACUAAGCUGCCCGCUGAUUGGUCGAACAAGUUUGGUGUCGUCAUCGCCAUCCAGAACAUCCGGGACUCCCCACGCCCUGACGUCAUAGCUCAGGAGGUGCAUCGUAUUCUAAAACCGGGCGGACUUUUCACGAUGAUCGAGAGCAAUAUGAGAUCUAGGAUAGCCGACAAUAAGGAAAAACCCACGGCGUUGUUCGUCUACACCACCAGUCUCUUCGGCUCGCUACCCCAGUCUUUGAGCGAGGACAACGGCCUGGGUUUGGGCGCGGCUUUCGGUCGGGAGUCUUUCAAGCCAUUCUUGGAGAAAGCCGGAUUCAAAUCGAUCAACCUCGUUCCCGUGCCUGGUGAUCCCAUGGACAGUGUUUCGUACGUCUGUAAAAAAUGAUUUUUUCUUCUUCCGGUUUUUAUGCUGAAUGUAUGGUCUUGAUCGACGACGAUAAUUUUGUUAACGUAGUUGCCGACAUCGCAAUCAAUCAAUCAAUCAAAA